GCAGGGGCGCUUGAUUUUGAAAGUGGAACUACCAGUUACAGCCUUACUGUACGAGCUACAGAUGGAGGAAUGGUUUCUGCUGAAGCAACAGUCACUGUCAAUGUCAACGAUGUCAGCGAUGAGAUGCCGACCUGCACUACAUACUCACAUUUCAUAUCCAUAGAUGAACCUGGGAUCCUAACAUCACAAAAUUAUGUGGACUUGGACUGCUCGGAUCGAGAUGGGAUUGACACACUGGCAUACACCAUCAUUUCAGGGAAUACAGGGAGUGCCUUCAGCAUCAGUGCAGCUGGAGUUAUAACCCUUGCUUCAGCAUUAGAUUAUGACGCUGGAACCCAAAACUUUGCCCUUGUUGUCCAAGUAACAAAUGGAAGUAGCACCCCGCUGGAGAUUCCUGUGAUUGUGGCAGUCAAUCCUGUCAAUGAAGCCAUGCCCAAUUUUGGUGCAGAUCGAGAUGAAACGUUUUCAGAGAAUACUGCUGUGGGUACAACACUCUUGACGUUUUCUGCUUCUGAUGCAGAUGCUGCUCCACAUGGCAUUGUUCGCCAUAGUAUUGAAUCAGUGACCAACAGUGGCUUGGGCCUGUUCAGUAUUGACCAGACCUCCGGGAAAAUCAGGCUGGCCAAGACUCUGGAUUAUGAAACUCAGACAAACUAUAAAAUCACUGUCAUUGCUGUUGAUGGGGGAACUCCGGCUCAGACGGGAACAGGAACAAUUACAAUACAAGUUUCCGAUGUAAAUGACGUCAAGCCAACAUGUAGCCCUGCAUCACAUGUGCGGACCGAGGCAGAGAAUUCAGCCUUGAACACUGUGGUGAUAGCAGAUCUAGGGUGUACAGAUUCUGACACAUCUCCCCUGAUCUAUACCAUCACCCAGAGUCCCCAAGAUGACUUCAGCAUAGACACAACUGGGGCUACCACAGCCCUUAAACUGUCAACCUUACUUGAUUAUGAAACCAACCCUGCCUACACCAUAGAAAUCACAGUCAGUGAUGGAGACUUCUCCACAACGAUUAACGUGGAUAUAUCAGUUGGUGAUGUCAAUGACGGAGGUCCAUCUUUCUCAACUGCAACUUACACUGUCAAUAUCCCAGAAGAUGCAGCAAUAGGAGCAAGUGUAAUUACAGUCACUGCGACUGACCCAGAUGGAGAUUCAAGUAAAUAUGGAAAUCUGAAGUAUGCAAUAACUGGUGGAAAUACGGGAAAUAAGUUCUUGAUUGACUCAGACACAGGAUUGAUCACAAAAGCUGGGGUUCUAGAUGCCGAGGGUACUUCGACAUACACCCUUACAGUAACUGCUACAGAAGAAAUCCAUACAAAUUCAGACACUGCGACUGUUACAAUAACGGUUGAUGGAGUUGAUGAUAAUGAUCCAGCGUGUACGUCAGACAUGGCAUUUUCAAGUGUUAUGGCCGAAGAAGGGACUAUAGGUGAUGUUUUAUUUAGCUUCUUGUGUAGUGACGCAGAUGGUGAGACUGUAACAUACACUAUAACGAAUGGGGAUACAACAUACUUUGAGAUUGUUGGGAGUGACUUAAAACUGAAGUCGCCUAUAGACUAUGACACUGUGGCCUCCAGCCAGUUUGACCUGACAAUAAGAGUGUCGGAUGGCACAAGAUCAGUAUACGUCACUGGCACAGUCUUGGUUACAGGAGUCAAUGAACACUCCCCAGUAUUUACACCAAAUGCAGUAUAUCAUGUCAGCAAAGCUGAGAGUCUCUCCCCUGGUUCUGUAAUAACAACAGUAUCAGUUGCAGACAAUGAUGUUGGGGACUCAGUUACCUAUUCCUGGGUUACCCCGCCAUCUGGUUUCACCCUGGAUCAAGAAUCAGGAGAGAUACUUCUAUCAGGCAGGCUUGAUCGAGAAACGACUGCUAGUUAUACGUUGCAAAUCAAGGCAACAGACGGGACCAAUGCAGUUACAGGAACUGUGUCAUUGACAGUGACUGACGUGAAUGACAAUGCCCCAGCGUUUAGCCCACCAAAAUAUAGCAUAACAGUAGCAGAGGGUACUGCAUUAGGAGCAGUGAUUACUGUCACAGCUGCUGACACGGACGAUCCUGGGACCAACGACUAUGGGACUGUGACCUAUUCCAUUAUAGAUGGAAACACUGGAAGCUAUUUCAGUAUUGACUCAACUACAGGAGAAAUAUCUACCACCACUAUGCUAGACUAUGAAGCAUCAACCGUGUUCACCCUUAUUGUACAGGCCGCUGACAGUGCUGGCAACUCAGGGGCAAAAUCUAGUUCUGCUGUGGUCACAGUAAACAUAGGGCCAGUGAACGAAUUUGAUCCAGUGUUUCAAAGUUUGCCAUAUUCCACUAGCUUUGAUGAAAAUACUGCUGUCGGUACUACCCUGCUAACUGUCACAGCUAGUGAUACUGACGUUGGUGACGAUGGUGACGUUUAUUACAGUAUGGCUGCUAGUACCAUGUUUUAUUUGAACACAGAGAAUGGGAAAAUAUCUUUGAAGAAUGCGCUGAAUUAUGAGACAAACAUUCAGUAUACAUUUGAUGUUGUUGCACAUGAUUCUGGUGCAUCACCAAGAAGUGUGACAGUAACAGUGACGAUUAAUGUGAAUGAUGUCAAUGACAAUGCUCCUGUAUGUGACCCAUCCUUUCUAACCAUUGGCUUACUAGAAAAUCAAAUUAUUGGCAAUAUUGCAACAGUUUCAUGCACAGAUGGUGACACAACAUCACCGAAUAAUGAUCUAGUUUACACCCUAGUCACAGUCAACGGAGGUCCUUCCACCAUUUUUUCUAUGUCUGGUACUGGUGUUAUGUUAGACUCAUCCUUUGAUUAUGAGACUGAAACCUCAUAUGACAUCAUUAUAAAGGUCGAAGAUCAAGGAGUUGGUACUAAAUUUACAACAACUGUGACUGUAAGAAUUGAAAUCGGAGAUGUAAAUGAACAUAAUCCAGAAUUCACUAACACAUUGAGUGUCUCAAUAUCUGAGUCGACGGCUGCUGGUACUUCAAUAUUUCAACUCCUAGCUGCAGACAGCGAUACCUCAGAAAUUAUUACAUUCAGCAGCGAUCCAGCAAUCACAGAGUUUUCUGUUGAUCCAGACACUGGAAACAUCUACUUAGUUUCCAACAUUGACUUUGACAAUCUUGGUACUCCCAAUAUGGAGUUAGAAGUGUAUGCCGCUGAUAAUGGUCAACAAGGCUCAAGAACGGUGACUUCUACACUGACGAUCACAAUACUGGAUGAAAAUGAUGUCACUCCAGUCUUUUUCCCAGCUGUGUAUUAUGCUAACGUAACGGAGCCAGGAGUAACAGGAACAUCUGUUACCACUAUUACAGCUACUGACAGUGACAGUGCAGUUGUAAGCUACAGUUUAGCUGAUGUUACGAUAUUUCAGAUAGAUACAGGUGGGGUUGUAAGAAUUCAAAAUGGAGGAUUGAUAAACUAUGAAACAACAACAUCAUAUGCCCUUGUAGCUUAUGCAGAAGACGAUGGCGGACACUCAGCAACCACAACAAUUCAUAUUAAAGUUAUAGGCAUCAAUGAAGAUCCACCAGUUUUCAGUCCAGCCACAGAGUCAAUCAAUAUUGAUGAAAACAUAAACAUUGGCUUCUUAGUUGUGGAUACAACAGCUACUGAUGGUGACAGUGGAGCCGAUGGCAAACUGACCUACUCAAUCUCAUCGGUGCCUUCAGGAUUUGAUAACUUGAUGGCUAUUAAUCCCCAAACUGGAGAAAUGACGGUUGCCGGGGAUGUGGACAUGGAAGUGAUGACAAUUAACCCUGUAACAUUCAACAUUGAGGUCACUGAUGCAGGCACAGAUCCUGAUGCAAAGAUAGCAACGUUCACCUUAUACCUUACAAUCAAUGACUUGAAUGACAACAGUCCUGUCUGUAACCUGAACCUGUAUAGUAAAAGUGUGCUGGAAAAUGCUUCUGGUGGCGACGCUGUUGUUACCCUUGGGUGUACUGAUGGUGAUGCUACUGCUCCGAAUAAUGUCAUCACUUACGCCUUUGUUGCUGGCAGUGAUGGAGGAGGCAACUUUGACCUUCAACCAUCUACAGGAGCUAUUACCGUGACAACAAGCCAUGCACUGGACCGUGAGACAACAGACAACUACUUGAUACUAGUUGAUGUGGCAGACGGAGGGGGGCUGACCACAACGGCCUCGCUCACUGUCUACAUCAGCGAUGCCAAUGACAAUGCCCCUGUCUUUACCUCCACCAGUUACGCCUUUGUAGUGGCUGAAGAUCAUGCUCUUAGUACAACUGUUGGUGGUGCUGUAGCUGCAAAUGAUGCUGAUAUUGAUCUUGCAGGAUCAUUUGCUUACAGCAUCUUUAGUGGUAACACUGGUGAUAAGUUUGCAAUUGAUGCCAACAAUGGUGAAAUCAAACUUGUUGGAGCUCUUGAUCAUGAUACUAUCCCGACAUACCAGCUGGUUGUUUAUGCAAUAGACAGAGCUACUGGAACAAAAAUGACUGGGUCAGCCACUGUAGAUAUUACGGUUACGGAUGUGAAUGAUAUUACCCCAUACUGCUCUCCUGCACUUCAAACUAUAGAAGUCCCUGAAAACACUGCAGAUAGUGUUAACAUAGGUUUUGUAGCAUGUGCUGAUACUGACUCAGCGAUGAAUAACCAGGUGUCUUACACUAUAGUGACUGUCAAUGGUAUUGCAACAACCACACCUUUCAUACUGGAUGCAACAACUGGUAAAUUCGAUCUCAAUACUGCAACACUUGAUUACGAAACUACAACACUGAUGACUGUAGUUGUUCAUGCAAUUGACAAUGGAGCGUCGCCUUUAACUGGUACAGCUACUUUAAAUGUAGUUAUAACAAAUGUCAAUGAACAUACUCCAGCUUUUCAAAAUAUUCCGUACACAGGAACUGUCAUUGAAACUGUGAGCACAGGCAGUAGUGUGUUUGUUGUUACAGCGACCGAUGGUGAUGCAAAAGAUACUGUGACUUACUCUCUAAACCCUGCAAGUAAUGUGUUCGAAAUUGACCCAAACACUGGAAUAAUAUAUCUGUCAUCAGCCCUUGACUUUGAAUCUACAGUAGUUUAUCCUCUUACCGUUAGAGCGACAGAUUCUGGGGGACUUUUCCAAGAUGCUGGAGUUACCAUUACUGUUACUGAUGCUAAUGAUGUAAAGCCUGUUUUCAAUCCAGCAGUGUAUGUAGCGGAGAUAAGUGAAAAUGACAUUGUUGGAACCAGCGUUACAACUGUUACAGCUACUGAUUCUGAUACUGCAGCAGCUAGUCUCACAUAUGCUAUAUUUUCUGGAAAUGAUGAUGGUGUAUUUGUUAUUGAAACCUUGGGCAGGAUUUUCAUACAAGAUACAACAAACCUAGAUUACGACUCGGCAACAAAGAGUUACUCUCUUGUCAUCACAUGCACAGAUGGAACACACACAGCUUCAACAACAGUGGCAAUAGCUGUAGCCAACUACAAUGACAAUACACCAACAUUUGGCGCAGACACCAGCUCCACACAGAACAUUCCGGAAAACUCAGCGACUGGCUACAGUAUCGUUACAGUUUUAGCGACGGAUGCAGACCAUAGUGGUGAUGGAAGUAUUGCCUAUUCAAUCACGGCAGGCAACUCUGAUGGCCUAUUUUCCAUUAAUCCUAACACAGGGCAGGUUACUCUGGUUGGGCAGUUGGAUGCAGAGGGAACCAGCACAUACUCUGUGACCAUCACUGCUACUGAUGGGGGAACCAAUCCAAGUGCCCUGACAGCAGACUAUGCCCUCACGGUGAUCGUGAUAGAUUCCAAUGAUAUCAGGCCAAUAUGUAGCCACUCCCUAUACAGUAUGACUGUUGAGGAAAAUGUCGGAAUAGGUACCCCUGUGGGACAGGUCACAUGUACCGAUGGGGACAAGGAUAGCCCUAAUAACCAGAUUGCAAAUUAUGUUAUUUCCAAUGGAGUCACUGGAGGGGACUUGACUAUGUCAGCUUCUGGUGAGAUAAGUACAGUAAACUUGCUGGAUCGGGAAAACACCAGGAGUUACUCACUCAUUGUCCACGUGAUUGACAAUGGUGCCACACCUCUAACAGGGACAACCACUGUUACCGUUAUUGUGAAUGAUGUGAAUGACAACGAACCUUUCUUUACCUCUAAUCCCUAUCAUGAAUCUAUAUCUGAGAGUACGGCCGUAGGAUCAUCAGUGUUUGCUGUGGCUGCCAGUGACCUUGACCAAGGGACUGACGCAACCUUCACCUAUCAGAUCACAACAGGAAAUGCAGACAACAAGUUUGCUAUUGACUCCUCAACAGGGGACAUAACUCUCGUGGAUGACCUUGACUUUGAAUCUCUCACACCAGCUGUGUAUUCGCUUGAAGUAAUUGCAAUAGACAAUGAUGUAAGCAGCCCAAAGACAGGAACAACAACUCUGUCUAUGACUAUCCUGGAUGCCAAUGAUAAUUUCCCUUCUUGUUCACCUAUGCUUACCUCCCUUAGUUUCCCAGAGGACACUGCAGGAGGAAGUAAUAUUGCGAACUUGGCCUGUACAGAUACCGACUCAGGGGUCAAUGGUGACUUGGCUUAUGCAAUUGUAUCUGUCAACGGGGACACCACAAGUACUUUGUUUCAGACAGACAAUUCUGGUGGAAUAACAACUUCAGGAUCUACAAUAUUGGACUACGAGAGUGCUACAAAGUCAUACAGGAUUUUGAUAAGAGUUAAAGAUAACGGAACACCAGCGCUUUCAUCAACUGCUACUGUCAAUGUUGAUAUAACUGAUGUGAAUGAAGCAGAUCCAGCAUUUACAAGCACGCCAUACACUCACAAUGUUGCUGAAACUACCACCGUUGGUACUUCUGUCUAUAAGGUUACUGCUACUGAUGCAGAUACUUCUGAGAUCAUUUCAUAUUCCAUAAACCCAUCUAGUUCACAUUUUGAGAUAGAUCCAUCAUCUGGUAAUAUCUACACAAUAGCAAAGAUAGACUUUGAUACACUAGUAUCAACAACAAUUACUCUAACAGUUAUUGCAACAGAUAGUGGUUCUCCAGCUAGAACUGUAACAGAAUCUGUAACAUUUACCAUUAUAAAUGCCAAUGAUGGUAUACCAGUGUUCAAUCCGGGUGUCUAUACUGCCACUCUACAAGAAAACACUGCUCCUACUUACACAGUGCUUCAAGUGACUGUGACAGAUAUUGAUGACACAAGUUUUACUUAUGCAAUCAUCACAGGCAAUGAUGACAACGUUUUUUCCAUGGACGCAAAUGGGAACCUCCUGUUGUCUGACAUAGCCAAUUUUGACUAUGAUACCCAAGCCCAGAGCUAUCUUCUAGUUGUCCAAGCCCAAGAUAGCUCAACUAACACUGCAACAGCUUCUGUAGCAAUAGAAGUAACAAGCUGGAAUGAAUUUUCCCCAGUUCUCACAACUAUCGCUAAUACUUUAACAUUCUCUGAAGAUACAUCUAUUGGAACAUCUGUUGACACAGUUGUGGCCUCAGAUGCUGAUUCCGGAUCAGAUGGGGAAAUAACAUAUACAAUAUCGAGUGUGUCAAACAGUGGGGAUGGGAAAUUCACUGUGGACCCAACCAGCGGACUGGUUACUCUUAGUGGCAGUUUGGAUAGAGAGUCUCAGAGUGAAUAUGAGAUAACCAUUCUGGCUGCUGAUGGGGGAAUUAAUCCUAGUGCCCUAACCUCUACAUACAGUUUAACAGUGUCAGUAUUAGACGUGAACGAUGUGACACCAUCAUGCACCCAGACCGUGUACAUAGCUACUGCAUCAGAGGACUUGACUGUUUCUAGCCCUGUGGUCCAGCUGACUUGUAGCGAUGGUGAUGCUACUGCUGCAAACAAUGUUGUCAAUACUUAUACUAUUACCAGUGGAAAUAUAGACACAGCCUUCAGCAUCUCUAACACUGGUGAAGUUCAGAUUGGAAGCGUUCUUGACAGAGAAACUCUCGGGAAAUAUAAACUGCUGGUGGAAGUGGCUGACUCAGGAACUCCAGCUCUCACUACAACUGCUACUGUGUCCAUUGUGGUUAAUGACGUGAAUGACAACACUCCAGUGUUUGCCAGCAUUCCCUAUGUUGUUACUCAAGUCGAAGACAUUUCUGUAGGAACUGUUGUUGAGACAGUACAAGCCACUGACGGAGACACUGGUGAUGCUGCUAAACUGGUGUACAGUAUCAUAUCAGGGGAUGUAGAUUCUAAAUUCUCCAUUGACCCAAGCAAUGGAGAUAUCAUCCUUACUGACGACCUUGACUUCGAAACAGUCUCCGUCAACCCAUAUGAGCUAAUCAUUCAUGCUGUGGACAGCGACCCUAAUACACAGCUAACUGGAAUAACCACCGUGAGAAUAACAGUUGAUGAUACAAACGAUAAUGAUCCUGUAUGUACCAUGCUCCAGACUUUAAUUUUAUCAGAAAUGACACAGACAGGCACGACUACUUUACUGAACAUUGGAACAACAUGUUCAGAUGCUGAUACUGGUGUUAAUGCUCAGCUGAGUUACGCAAUUUACUCUGUAAAUGGAGCGGUUGUUUUGCCAACAGAUCCUUUUUCAAUUGAUGCGGGCAGUGGUGCAAUUAGGCUUUCAAAUCUCAUGGACUAUGAGGUCAUCCAAGCUUAUACAGUGUUAGUUGAAGUAUCUGAUGGUGGUACUCCUGUAAACACUGUAACAGUAACUGUCGAAGUUGAUGUGACUGAUGGAAAUGACAACCUACCCACAUUUACUGGAACACCUUAUUCUACAAAUGUCAUAGAAUCAACUGCAGUUGGAUCUACAAUAUUUACAGUCGCUGCUACUGAUGAUGAUACAGAAGACACUAUAACAUUCACUAUAAACCCUGCUAUGACUGAAUUUGGUAUUGAUCCGCAUACUGGCAAAAUCAUACUCUUGAAAGAGUUGGAUUAUGAUAAUGUCCCUACAUCAUAUGAAAUAACUGUUGUAGCUACUGAUGAUGGGACAGUUCCAGGACCUAGCAGUUCAUCAGCAACUGUCACCAUCACAGUUACAGACUUCAAUGACGGAACACCGGAAUUCCAUCCAGGAGUUUAUUCUGUGUCAGUUUCUGAGAAUGAGGCAAACGGUUAUACUGUUACUACAUUGACAAUUACUGAUAUUGAUACUGUUGCUUUUGGAUAUAAUAUUGAGUCAGGAAAUAGUUUGAAUGUAUUCAAUGUCAGUGGGAUAGGAAAAACCCCUGUUGUUGCAAUUAUUGAUAAUACAUUACUCGAUUAUGAAACCGUGAAAGACGUUUCUCUAGUAAUCAGCGUAACUGAUGGGGCUAAUACAGCAUCGUGUACAGUAGAAGUCACAAUCACUCCGUAUAACGAAGAUACACCAGUUUUCACAGGAGGAUUAAGUACAGGAACUGCAAGUGUGGCAGAAAAUUCCAUCACCGGUACGCAGGUAUAUGAUAUAGAUGCAACUGAUGGUGAUGACGGUGAGGAUGGUGAAAUAACAUACAGUAUUGUGUCAGGGGCUGCUGGGAAGUUCUCUAUUGAUCCAACUACUGGGAUCAUCACUGUGGCAGGGGCCUUGGAUACUGAGACAACUCCUACUUAUACCUUGGUGAUAGAAGCAAAAGACAAAGGAAUAACUCCUAGUGCUUUAUCAGCUCAGUUCACCCUGACAAUUACUGUCACAGAUGUAAAUGACAACACACCCUACUGCUCGUCAACCCUUUACAGUGCCAGUAUAGCAGAGAGCGUGGCAGUCAACAGUUUUGUGGCCCAGCUCACAUGUCUGGAUGCUGAUACUGAUGCUCCAAACAAUCUGGUUACCUCCUAUGUGAUCCAAAUUGGACAAAGUGGAGGGGAAUUCCUUAUAUCUAAUACUGGUGAAGUCACAACAACUGUGUCAUUUGACCGGGAAAUAGGCCCAGACAACUACCAACUGGAGAUAGUGGUAACUGACAGUGGUACCAGCCCUUCUGCCCUGUCCACUACAACUACACUGACCAUCACAAUUACAGAUGUCAAUGACAACGACCCAGCCUUCUCUCUCGCCAUAUACAACCUGAACGUGGCUGAAAACACUGUUCAGUACACCUCUAUAGGCACUGUCACUGCGACAGACCAAGAUAUUGGACUUGCUGCCACUUUGACCUUCAGUAUAUUCAGUGGAAAUGGAGAUGGAAAGUUUGCCAUAGACUACAGCUCAGGUGACAUACAACUAGUAGACUCCCUGGACUACGAGACCGAAUCUACAUAUACACUAGGCGUUUAUGCAGUGGACAGACUAGCCCCAUUUAGGACUGGUACAGCUACCGUCUCUGUCACUGUUACUGAUGUCAAUGAUGUUGUACCAGUCUGCACAGCUUCAUUGUAUACAGGAACUGUGGCAGAAGAUGCAGUUAUUACAUUUUCAGUGGCUAAGGUAGACUGUUCUGAUGGAGAUUCAACAGUAGGAAACACUAUAAACUACUCCAUAACAUCAAUACUCACUGAGUUUGUUGUUGAUGCUAAUUCUGGGGAUGUAACAGUCAAUGGAGCAUUAGAUAUGGAGACUACAGAAUCAUAUGAUGUCAUUGUACAAGCUAGUGAUGGAACAUUCACAACAAAUGCUACAGUUAAGAUAUCUGUUACUAACAUAAAUGAUAAAACACCACAGUUUAAUCCAUCGGGGCCAUAUACGACUACAAUUACAGAAAAUCUUGCCAUAGGAAACACAGUAUUUGAUCUUGAUGCCACAGAUGCGGAUAUAACUGACACAACCUUUGUGUAUCGUAUAACAAAUGGCAAUGCAGAUGGAAAAUUUACUAUUGGUACAACAAGUGGAAUAAUUCAGACCACAAAGACAAUAGACAGAGAUGAUCCAAUAACUGCAUCUUACACUCUAACAAUAGAGGUUGCAGAUGGAUCAGGUAUUGGGGCCUUGACUGCGACUUCUAGCAUUGUUAUUAGUGUAACUGAUGAAAAUGACAACUGGCCAAGAUGUGAUGCUUCUGUUUAUACAGCAACAGCAUCAGAAGAUGCAUCAAUAGGAUUGAAUCUUGUUUCUCCAACUUGUACGGAUUUAGAUGUUGUAGCAUCUUCUACUCUGGUAUACAGUAUAAACAGUGGAAAUGGAGAAAACAAAUUCCAAAUAAAUGGUGGUACAGGUGUUAUAAGUCUGCAAGCUUCGCUAGAUUAUGAAACAACAUCAACUUACACACUUGUUGUCUUAGUGGAUGAUCAAGGCACCCCUUCAGCUAAAACAACUACUCUGACAAUGGUUAUUUAUGUUGAUCCAGUUAAUGAACACACUCCUGCAUUUACUGGUGAGCCAUAUGAUGUUAGUGUGGAUGAAAACAAAGCGAAUGAAUACCUAAUUGUAAUCAUUGCAGCUACUGAUGAAGACUUGGGUUCAAAACAGGGGACACUUAGGUAUGGCAUAAAAUCUGGAAACACCGAAGGGAAGUUUUCUAUUAAUCCAUCAACAGGGGCUAUAGUUGUUGCAGGAUCUUUGGACAGAGAGGCAACUGGUUCUUAUGCUUUGACAGUUACUGCUGCAGAUAUGUUAGCUGGUGAUGCGGAUUCAAAAACUGUUGAGACCACCUUUACUGUUACCAUUAAUGACAAGAAUGACAACUAUCCUGAAAUUAACCCCUCAUCAUACAUUACAAAUGUUAAUGAAAAUGCCGCCAUAGGAGCAAAUAUAAUUCAGUUAACAGCUACUGAUGACGAUGCUGGAAUUGCUGGUACAACUGGGCUUCAGUAUUCAAUUACUGCUGGGAAUACAGGAAAUGUUUUUACUACAAGUGGUGCAUGGAUUACUUUAGCCGGAAAUCUGGAUGCCAAUACUCGCUCUUUAUACACUCUGACUGUAAAAGUUGCUGAUCAAGGGUCACCUGUGCGGUCUGCCUCAACUUUAGUUACAAUCGCAGUUGUGUCUAUUAAUGAACAUAAUCCAAUAUUUACUUCAACUCUUGAUGUUUCUAUAUCUGAAUCAACUGCUGUUGGAAGUAGCAUAGAUCAGAUAGCUGCAUCUGAUGAUGACACCGGUGUAUUUGGAGUAUUAAGGUACUACCUUAUAUUAGCAGUUGAGGGGAAUAUGGGGGAUUUUUCUGUUGAUCUCUUUGAUGGAACAGUCAGAGUUGCCAAUGCUUUGGACUAUGACACCACACCAAAUGUUUAUAAGCUCCAUAUAGAAGUUGAAGACACCAAGACAUCCACCUCUAACACAAACACUGCUACACAGACAUACACAAUUUCGCUGAUAGAUGAAAAUGAUCAAACACCAACAUUUACCCAAAAUACUUAUUCAUAUUCUUUGGAUGAAAAUGUAGCCAAUCCUACAGCAGUAAGAACAGUUACUGCUACUGACAGUGACUCUGGAGCAAAUGGAAAUGUAGUUUAUUCCAUAGUCUCUGGAAGUGGGAGAUCAUAUUUCACGAUUGAUUCAAUCACCGGCGAAAUAUCAACAGCAGCAGGUAUUGACUAUGAGUCAUUAAUUUCAUUCGAUUUAAUAGUAGAGGCUAAGGAUAGUGGAACCCCAUCUCUGUCAGCUUCUUGUAUAGUACGAAUCAGUGUCAAUGAUCUUAAUGACAAUGCACCAGUGCUUCAAGCUGCCAAUGUAGCAAUCUCCAUACCAGAAGAUACAGGCAUUGGAACAACUGUUGCUACCCUCAUGGCAACUGAUGAUGACUCUAACCAUAACAAUAACAAUGACAUUACUUUCUCAUUUGAAUCUGCCUCUGGGAAGUUUGAAAUUGUUGAUAACAGUAUCAGAGUUAAGGACACAUUGGACAGAGAGACUCAAGCAAGCCACACAUUAAAGGUGCUUGCUGUAGAUGGAGGAACAACGCCACAACGAAACACAGCAACAGCAACAUACACCAUUGUUCUGUCUGACAUCAAUGAUAAUGAUCCUCAGGUGCAAGGUGCCCCAUAUGAUACAUCUAUACUUGAAGAUACUGAUGUGAACUUUAUUGUGUUCACUGUGACAGCUACCGACGAUGACAUCAAUGAGAAUGCAGUGCUGGAAUAUGCAAUCACUGCAGGAAAUACAAAUAAUGAUUUUGUGAUGGAUUCAGGAUCAGGUAUAAUUCAAGUGAAGAAUGAAUUGGAUAGAGAAAGAACUGAUGUUUAUUAUCUGGAAGUAACCAUCACUGAUAAUGGAGCUACUCCUAGAUCAGCAAUCCAGACUGCUACUGUAACAGUGAUCGAUGUCAAUGACAAUCCGCCUGUCUUUCAACCAGCUCCUAUUACCACUUACCAAUUCAGUGUGGCUGAAAAUGUGAAUGCUGGAUCGUCUGUAGGCAAAGUGAGUGCUUCUGAUUUAGAUACAAACAAUAAUGCCCAAAUACAAUACUCCAUUGCCUAUUUUAUCAGAGGUAACAGUUCACACUUUCGUCUUGAUGCUGGUAGUGGAGAUGUUGAUGUUGCAAGAGCUUUGGACAGAGAGAAACAGGACUUGUAUGUAAUUGUGAUAAGAGCGAGAGAUUCUCCACCAUCUGGUGACUAUCUCACAGCUACUGCGACUGUGUCAAUUACAAUUUUAGAUGUUAAUGACAAUGUGCCUUCAUUUAGUCAGAAUCUGUACUUUGCCAAUGUGGUAGAAAACGACCCAGUUGGUACAAGCAUUCUUACAAUUGUUUUUGAUGAUAUUGAUAUUGAUAUUAAUGAUGAUAUAUCACUGUCGAUUGCUGAUACAAUAGCUGACUACUACAUAGCUGCGAAUGAGUCAUCCUUUUAUUUGUAUGUGAAAAAUCCUAUUGACAGAGAAGCGAUAGAAUUCUUGAACUUCAAUCUUACAGCUACUGAUGCAGGUGUACCACCCCUCUCAUUCACAACACAAAUUCAGAUAACUGUUGGAGAUGUAAAUGACAAUGCUCCAAUCUUUUCCCCAGUGUUUUAUAACAGUGAGAUAGCGUACAAUGACAAAUGCCAAGUGACAGUUGCAGUCUUAACAGCAACAGACGCAGACCAAGGUUUAAAUGCGGAGUUCUCCUUUUCUACGACAUUGAAUGACAACCCUCACUUGUUUGCUCUGAAUUCAGCCACAGGAGCAGUCACAAUGAUAGCAACUGCAACAGCUGAUACAAAAUACAAGGUUUUUGCACAAGCAACAGACUUCGGUAACCCUGCUCUGACAUCAGUUACUGGGGCAACCAUUCGAAUAGACACCUAUGAUCCAGCAGCAGUUAUUGUCAACUUUUUGGUGGACAUCAGUGAGGCUGUAUUCCUUGGUAUGGAAGGGACAUUCUUUAGCCAGCUGACCACAGUGUACCAACAGACAUAUUCCACAUCUCAAGCAAAGAAAUGGUGUAUAACUGUGAGGGAUACAGAACAGAUCACAGUACAUGUGUAUGUGGUAAAGGAUGACACUUCAGAUGAACUAUCAGAAAUAAACAAUGUGAAGAGAUUUCUGACAGUAGAUGAGGCCUUUGAUAUAGCAGCCUAUGACAGCAGUGGGGUGCCAGCAACUGCCAUCAAAGGAUCUGCUUGGACAGUCUUCAACAUCCAGAAAAUCGAGAAAUAUGUUCCAGAUGAGGAGGUAUCGACUCCAUGGAUUAAAACAAAUGAUGGAAUUAUAGCCAUUAGCUUCAUUGUUGGAAUUAUCAUCAUACUGGCUAUAACUAUCCCAUUUUUAGUGUUCUACAAGAUAAGAAAUCCAAGUCCACGAAGGAAUCGUGUACAAGUCACUGACGAUGAUGAUAGAAUGCCGGCCAAAAACCAGUUUGCUAGCAAAAAUAAUACCCUGCACACACAACCUGAUGACUCCAUGUUUAAAGGAUAUGACAAGAGCCACCCUACUCCCGCUGUGAUAUCUCUUCCCAUGCCUAGUGCUACAAAGAGGGUUCCAACGCAAAUUAACAAUAGGAAUGAAACGGAACCUGUAAAAGACAUCAACCUUUGGCUGGGCAAUGACAAUAUAGGACCAACCCUACUUAAAAAACCUGAAAAGCUUCGAUCUGACAGUCCCAUACCCACAGAACCGGAAAAUUACCCCCCUCGACGUCUGCCCCCAGUAAGAAAACACCCUGCGCCUAACCAAAGGGGUCCCAAAUCCGAGGUAUCCCCGAUGGAGUCGUUCCAGGAUUCUAUAAACGAGAGUGGACCAAACAUGCCCAGGGACAAUACCAACUACCUUGUUAUGAAUAGGGAGUUUGAUGGCCGUGCAAUUGACCCAGUUUCUGGGAGACUAUACGAGUACAACACACGGACAAAUGAACGACGAUGGGUGAACACCCCAGAUGGUCAGCAGGUGAAACUGACCAGAGAUGACAAUUGAUGACCACAGAGGGAUGACUGCAGAGGUCAUCUUGGAAAAUGUUCAACUUAGUUAAUAAAUUAUGACUAUUGAGGAUCAUUAAUACGGUCAUUUCAGAAAUAAAAACCAUCUUCCCAUGUGAAGACAAUAGAUCAGGUGAUUUUAAACUUCAUUCAAUUUUUGUCUUUUCGUCAUUUUUAAACAUUAUUUGAGCCAUGUAACUUUGAAUGCCUUAGUUUCAAUGUUCCUUGCAUAUAUAUAUGUGAUUACAUGAUGUAUGAUACAUGUUUUGUGUUUGUUACUAGUACCAUACUGGCGAACAUUUUCUUUAGUUUCAUUUUCUUGUUAAUUUUUCAUUUAAGAACGAUAGGACAAUAGGCAGAUAUACCAUCGUGCAAUAAGUACCGUGUAGAUAAAUUAUAACAAACUAUCAAUAUACACAGCUGACUUAUUGCAUGAUAAGCCUCACAGAAUGAUGCAAAAAAAUAACUAUGACCAACCUGCAUGAUUGUAAUGAUUCAUAUCUCGCGCAUCGCGACUCAGUGCAGAAACUUUUACCCAAUCUGAAUGUUUUACUAUUAUAAAUUAUUAUCUUCUUACUAAAUUACUCCAGCUAGAUAUACAUGUAUCAGGUAUUGGAAUGAACUAUUACAAGGUACAAAUUUUGUUUAAUUGUAUUGUGUUACGGUUGUGUUCGCCUGGAAAUAGAAUGUCAUUUAGAAACUCAAAUCUUGUAAGGCUUGUACAGCAUGUUUCCUGUUUUUCGAUCAUGUUUUAAAAUACACAUGUGCCAUGACUUGUUGAAUGUACCAGUAUGUUAUUUGCUGAUGUUCAUAAUUAAUUGUCUGUGAUAACUAAAUAAUGUGAUACUUUACAAAUAAAGGCUUUCCAUAGAUUACUAUUGUAUUUAUUGGACACAGGAGAAAGUCUGUCUAUUUGACUGAGACACAAGGACAUAUAAAGAGGCAAGUUUAUAUUUGCUCAUUUUUGGUUGGGCAAAUGCACAAUAAACAAAAGAUGUUUUACAAACAUUAUAAUUUUUAUGCACCCUAAGGAUGAGCACCAAAAAUGUCAAAAAUAUGUGCGAUAUUGAAAAUAGGUAUUUAUAGAAAGAGUAAAUUGCUUCGAAAUGCUCUCAAUGCAGAACCAUUUCC